AAGCCAGCUCCUGCUGCCUCUCAGGUCAGCAUUUGCUUGUUCUGAGUGCUGCUAGUAGUAGUCGUAGGAGUGGUGCUAAAAUGGCAACAAGCCGGUGAAGUGAAAGCAGUGGCUGGCAGGCCAGAGCUGCCUGAAGGCUUGCUUCUUCCUCAUUGGUGCGCCUGCGCCGCAAACAAACACCAAGAACAGCAGCUGGCUGCGGGGACAGUCAGAGGGCCUCCCUAAUCCCAGUUAAUCCCAAUGGAGGCGGCAGACUUGCUGAGCCUGGGCUUCGACUUCUACUGCCAGUCACCGCCUCGCUUCUUCGACGACCAGCCGCCCUACGACCCGGACUACCUCGCCGUUGCCGACAGCAUCAUGUACGCGGCGACCGAGGCUGAGUCGGUCACCGGCCUGUACCCCUCCUACCGGGAGGCCUCCAGCUCCCCCGACGGCGCCAACUCCUGCUCCGCGCAGGUGGCGCCGCCGGCGUCGCCAGGUCCGGCGGGCGCGGCCACCAAGAACAUGGUCAUGGAGAGGGACCGCCGCAGGAGGCUCAACGAGAAGCUCUACGCGCUCCGCAGCGUCGUCCCCAACAUCACCAAGAUGGACAAGGCGUCCAUCGUCAGGGACGCCAUCGCCUACAUCGAGCAGCUGCAGGAGGAGGAGCGCCGGGUGCUCGCCGAAAUAUCCGCGCUCGAGUCCUCCUCCGGCGUCGCCGCUGCCGCCGAGUUCAAGGCGGAGGAUGCCGACAGCUACCCGUGGCCGAGGAAGAGGACGCGAACGGCGGCCGGGGGCUCCACCCACGCCUCACCGCCACUACAGAUCCUCGAGGUGCAGGUGACGGUGGCGGGGGAGAAGGUGGCGGUGGUGAGCGUGCGGUGCAGCAGGGGCAGGGACGCCGUGGCCAAGGUGUGCCGGGCGCUGGAGCCGCUGCGCCUCAGGGUCGUCACGGCCAGCAUCGCCGCCGCGGGCGACGCCGUCGUCCACACCAUGUUCGUCGAGGUAAGCAAGCCUGCGCUGCGUGCCAUGGUCCUCCGCCCCAGCCGAGCGUCGCCAAUAAUGGCACGGUUGCCACGCCGGCCUGCACCCUCAGAUCGGUGGCAUGUGUCGCUCUCGCUUUAAUUAAUUGCCUCGUGUCCUUUCCUUGAGGGGGGUGACUCCAGCCCGCGUGACAUCACCGAUUCACCGGGGUGAGCCGUCUCGAUCUCAAUCGAGUGAGGUGUGCUCUCUGCUCUGUCGUCGGAGCUCAUGAUUUACUACAUUUGAGUUGCCUACAUAGUGCCUUUUCCGUUAGGCAGAUGUACAGGUUCAGAAUUGGAAAGCUGAUGGUCCUCGUCCCUGACUCCAUUUGGCAAUCUUACGUGUGCGGCCGCUUUUGUGGAUGGCACAUGGCACAUUUCAUUGAGUUGGUCCAAGCUUUUUGUCUUUGAAAAGAAACAUUAAAGUUAAGUUCUCAUUUUUUCCUAUUCAUUUUGUUUUAUCAAACUUCCUAGAAAUGUUAAUUAAUUAAGAGAAAAUACCACUACAAACUACCCCAUCACCCAACGGGUCAAAAUUGGCACCACCACCGAUUUGGCCACCCAUUAGAUCAGGAUCAUCAGUGAUGGGGUGGCACAUCACCGGCGUAUCUAGAAUCGGCUAGAAUGGGCGGUGUUGCCGGUUAACAAAAAUAAUAACAAUGAAAAAACACUACACGCCUGCUCCCACACGCCAGCGGCCACUGGCCCCGCGUACCGCUGCUUGCUGGCCUCGCGCGCCGGCUGCCUAUGGCCCCGCCUGCUCGCCGCCCACGCAUACGCCGCUUGCCGGCCACCACGGCCCCACGCGCACGCCGUCAUGCGCUGCCGGAGAGUGGGAGGGGAGGAGUAGCGGAGGUAGCAAUGGAGGCGGAGGAGGGGAGACGAGAGGAGCGGCGGGGGAGGCAAUGGACGUCUGCCGCCACGCAACCCCACGCUACAGGAUUGAAGAAGGGGAGGAGAGGACCGGCAGGAGAAGGGGAGGGGCGG